AUGCCCACCCAUGCAGUUAAUGGUUUACUAUGCGUUCAGUGGGUUGAGAGCUCUUGCACUCAGCCGAUCUUGGAAGAUAUCAACGCCUAUAUUAGUUCUCUCGCUAAUGCCACAUCAUUUGCAUACGGUUUCACCGGGAUCCAAGUUACCAAACCAAGCUUCCCCGGGUGUGGGGUUAUUGUCGGCUACCCUCUUGCUCUCGCCCACAGGUUGACAAUCAUCAAUCGAAUAUGUGCUAUCGUUGCCGAUACCCUACUCAUUAUCCUUACCUGGCGAUCACUUGGCGGAGGGGAUGUGAUACGCGCAUCUAGCGUCCUGACCGGACGGGGUCUCAUAGGUGUUUUCCUCCGAAAUGGUACGUUUCUCGGGAUCCUUGCGUCGAAUAUUUCAAUUCUAACCAUUCUGCGACAAUCGGAGUUGCACAACGUCACUGCCGACAUAGCCUCGACUUAUGUCACUCCGUUGUCGUCUAUCCUUGUGUCACACUUCAUGCUAGACCUUCAAGAAGCAUAUCAAAAAUCAAAUAUGGUUCUGGAUUCGGACAAUCCCCUGAAUACACUGACAAGCCCCAAUCCUGGUUCGAGGAACUUUUCUCCCGCACUAGGCUCGUUUUCGGCACACUUCGACAAUCUGGGUACCAACGCAUCAUACGCGGAACGGGAAAACGCAGGCGAGGAAGCUGUGGAUAUGACAGCUGACCCGUCAACGUUGGGUGGUGCAGGACCCGUCUCAACAUAA